UGUUCUUUCUUCUACUUCAUGGUGAGAUGAGAUGGUUCUGCAACAUAGCCUUAGCUGUAAUGUUCCUCCGUUUUGUUCUGUCAUGUAGCAUCCAUGGAUGGCCCACUGCCGAUUCUCCGGGAUUGGCAUUGGAUGAUGAAGAGAUGCGGUUGGGUUCCACCCCACCAAGCUGCCACAACCGGUGCAACGAGUGCAACCCGUGCAUGGCAGUGCAGGUUCCAACACUGCCAGCUCACGACGGCUUUGUCGAACCCAGCUCGCAGAGUUCAAUUCCUACGGACACACUAUCGUCUUCGAUUGGCAAUCUAUAUUCAAAUUACAAGCCGUUGGCGUGGAAAUGCGAAUGUCGGGAUCACCUUUUCAAUCCGUAGUAGGAGCUUUUGGGUGGGCUGAAAAAGUUCAUUUUGAAGGGAUUGGGAACCAUGGAUUUGUCAGAUGAUUUGUUUCUAAGAUGGGUUUGUAAAACUACUAAGUACUAACAUUUCGAUAGGAUUCUGUAGAGACAAUGGCAAACUACUUGUGUGGGAUUUCAUUAGACUUGGAAAAAUAUUAUACGCUAUUACGCUGUACAGGAGCUGUAAAUGCCUGCGAGUUUCAAUAUUUAUUUACCGUCUUGAUGGGUUUUUUUUACUAUUU